AUGGUUCAAUGUACGCCGGAUGUAUGCGGUGAUCACGGCGAUUGUGAAGUAAUUAAUGGAACUCACAUUCGAUGUUCAUGUCGCGACUAUUAUGAUGGCCCAAAUUGUGAAAUUUUUAAGCCAAUUGAACAUGCAGCGAAAUUUGAUGGUAAAGCAUUUAUUGUAUUUUCCAUUGAUGAUUUUCCACACUUAACUUCGGAACACGAAGAAAGUUUAAGUUUACGAUUCAAAACAUCCGCAUCAUCCGGGUUAAUAUUUUGGCAAGGUCAGCCAUUUGAUGUACCUCUGAAGGGCGACGACUAUAUUUCGAUUGGCUUGAGUGAUGGUCACUUGGUCUUCUCAUAUGAACUUGGUGGUGGUGCAUCGCAACUAAUCAGUAACGAAGUGGUAAAUGAUGAUAAUGAGCAUCAGUUACGAAUUUGGAGGAAAGGUCGCGAUGGAAAGAUGAUCAUCGAUGAGGGAGCGCCAGUUGUAGGCUCAUCAUUCGGCAUUGUCGCUAUGCUCAAUGUAGAUGGAGAUGUUUAUAUCGGUGGUGUGCCCGACUUGGAUAGUAUGACCGGUGGUUUGUAUGAAGAAAACUUUGUUGGUUGUAUCGGCGAUAUAACAUUCAACGGUGUAAAAAUGGAUUUAAUGGCAAACGCAAUUGAUGGACGAAAUGUGAAACCGUGUGACCAAUGGGUGAGAAAGAAGAAAUGGAUACAGAUUAGAAAGUAUCGAUGGCGCUGA